AUGGCGUCGCGGUUCCAGGAAGCUUCAUUGGUUACUUCACCAUCGUAUCCUAACGCCGUGGCUUGGUCAUCGGAAAAUCUUAUCGCCGUCGCUGCUGGUCACCUUGUUAUCAUCGUUAAUCCGGCUUUGCCUGCUGGACCUCGUGGGUUGAUCACUAUCUCUGAUGCUGAGCCUUAUCAGAUUGGCCGUGUUCGUUCUCAAGAUUUGCUGACUGGUGGACUCUUACCUUCGAGUUUAAAACGGGAAAGACAUCCCUGUGCUCGAUCUCUCUCAUGGUCUGAUAUAGGAAUGUCUCCAAACUACGGGUGUUUACUGGCUGUUUGCACAGCGGAAGGAAGGGUUAAGCUAUACCGACCUCCAUAUUCUGAUUUCUGUGCUGAGUGGAUUGAGAUUGUUGAUGUAUCUAAAAUGCUUUAUGAAAAUUUAUCAAGCACGAACUUUGGAGAGUCCAACAGUCCUUCUACUUCAUCAUCUAAGGUACUUGAGAUUGAAGUAUAUAAACAGGCAAGCAAUGGACAAGAUUGUCAUUCUUUGCCUAAAGCUCCGAAAAAUUUCAGUGAAGAGAUAAGUCCAGAAACAUAUGUUUCUCGUGAGGCAUUAUUAUCCUCCCUUUCCGUCGCCUGGUCUUCUCUACUAAAUUUCUCAUUUGGAAGUUCUUAUGAAAAUAUGUUAAGAUUCUCUCUUUUGGCAAUUGGUUCAAAGUCCGGGUGCGUUUCCAUUUGGAAAGUUCAUGCACCGGAAUGCUAUCACAUUGAACGUAGCGAUGUAUCUCCCAUCGUGGAACUUACUGCCAUAAUUCAGGCCCAUAGCUCAUGGGUUUCAACUAUGAGUUGGGGAAUUUCUGGUUGUGAUUCUUCGAAUCCGCAAGUGGUGUUGGUUACUAGAAGUUGCGAUGGUAACAAUGUUUAUUUCUUCCCUAUGUGUUCCACUUUGUCUGAUAUUCUGAUUAGGAACAGAUUGAGUAUAGCACCUGUGAUAUCUGAGUUGAUUGUGAUUGAGACCAUCCUGAAUUUUGAUUAUGAUCCGUUUUGUAGUUUUGCUGUUGUAGCAGUGAAUCCUGUUCAGGUUUCAACGCUUUCUUUUGUUGUAAGCAACCAUUAUAAUGCAAUGCACUUGGCAAUAGGCAAAGGAUCUGGUUCUUUCGAAGUGUUGAAGUAUGAACUAUCUACAGGAAAGAUUGAACAAAUUGUUUCAAUUAAUGCUCAUAACCACGUGGUUACAGGUCUAGCUUGGUCUUAUGAUGGCCGUUGUUUGUUCAGUUGCAGUCAGGAUAAUUAUGUCCGGAACUGGAUAUUAUGUGAGAAUACCAUCUCUGAAGUGCCAAUUCCUGCAAACACUCCUGGUCUCAGUAGCACGACUGAUUUUCCUGAUGAUUUCCUAUCAUGCCUUGGUGUGGCAUUGUCCCCUGGAAACCUUGCUGUUGCUUUGGUCCGCAGCUUUAACGUUGAGCUCUUGAAUCCGAUGUACCAAGCCAGGUCGCAGAAGGCUGCUGUAGAAUUCCUCUGGAAUGGUGCACAACAGUCUGGUGAGUCCGAAGAUUCUUCAGAGAUGGUAACCGAAGCUAUUCUGGGUUUCUCAAAGAAUGAGUUUGCAUACUGGGAAACUAAUAUUCUCUGGUCGUUGAAAGAAUUCAAAGAUUUGAAUAAGUCUCUAGUUCUUUGGGAUAUGAUAGCUGCAAUGCUGGCGUUCAAACAAUCAAUGCCAGAGUUUGUUGAAUUGGUAUUAACGAAAUGGCUCUCUGUGUCAUACCUUGGGUUUCAUGCUGAUAUUUUCAUGGAAGAUCUCGUGCCAAAGAUCUCCAAACGCUUCUCUGCUGUUCCUUCCAGGCUGUUACACAUUCUCAAUGUAAUCUCCAGACGUGUAAUGUUAUCAGAGCUCAAAACUGAGGAAGUCAACAGAAAACUGCAAGGUCAGAGAACGAACAAUGAAGAUGAGAUUGAUCUGUGGCUCAAACUGCUUGAGGAAAGCGAACGAGAACUCCGAGAAAGACUGGUUGGUCUCAGUUUCUCGGCUUAUCUAAUAGCGGAGUCAUCUCAGGGUACUGUUUCGCCUUCUACUUGGAAUUGGCGUCCAGCUGGAUUGGCUCAGUUGCAGCAAUGGGUUGAGAUCAAUCAUGAUAUUGUCCCUAGUCAGCUAGAAACCCUUUCCUCAGAAGUGAAAUCUAGUCUAAUAAGGUAA